AUGAAAGGAGAAAAUAAAGGAUCUUGCAAAGUUAUGAUGUGCAGCUUCUCGUCACUACAGACGCUUUGUGCUAUGGUAUUCUUAACUGCACAAACAUCAAAUAACUGUAGCAGGGUCCAAGCGACAUGGAGUACGGUCAGUUACGCAAGCGGCAUCGCUCGAAGCGGCACGAUGGACAUAGCGGUUGAAAUCGAGGAGGGAACUACAUCACGAACUACAGCCGAGAAUGGUGUCAACAACGUUGUCCCCGGAUUCUAA